CACUUCCUCUAGGUUUGGCAACAUCCGGAUUCCAGGCGAGAUGGUCAUGGCGGAGGGUGCAGCUGUUCUGAGGAGGAAUCGACCAGGGACCAAAGAGAAGGAUUUCUACAACUGGCCCGAUGAAUCAUUCGAGGAGAUGGACAGCACACUGGCUGUUCAGCAGUACAUCCAACAGAACAUCCGAACCGACGGCUCCAACAUUGACAAGAUCCUGGAGCCACCAGAGGGCCAGGAUGAAGGGGUCUGGAAGUAUGAACACCUCAGGCAGUUUUGUUUGGAGCUGAACGGACUUGCUGUGAAACUACAGGGAGAAUGCCACCCAGACACAUGCACCCAAAUGACAGCAACAGAGCAAUGGAUCUUCCUCUGUGCUGCACACAAGACACCAAAAGAGUGUCCAGCCAUUGACUACACCCGACACACUCUGGAUGGAGCCGCCUGUCUCCUUAACAGUAACAAGUACUUUCCCAGCAGGGUGAGCAUUAAAGAAUCCUCUGUAGCUAAACUUGGUUCAGUUUGUCGGCGCAUCUACAGGAUAUUCUCCCAUGCGUACUUCCACCACCGUCAGAUUUUUGACACGUACGAGAACGAGACGUUCCUCUGCCAUCGGUUUACACGCUUUGUGAUGAAAUACAGCCUGAUGUCCAAGGAUAAUCUGAUUGUGCCCAUCAUGGAGGACGAGACUAACCCUAACGAAGCAGAGGGCGAGAAUGAAGCCUAAGGACCACUGGAAUCACUAUCUGAAACCUCCUGCCAAACUACCACGUGCAUACGCGCACACACACUGAUAAUUCAUACAAACCUAAACCACAUAAUUCUCAUAAGCACACUCAAAUUCUCUUGGCAAGUUCAAAAGUACAACAUUUUUCGCCAAGUAUGGCAAAUUCAAUCUAUGAAUUGGGGUGUAUGGCAAAUUCAAUCUACAGUAUAAUCUGGAGCUUUAUUAACUGGGUGUCUGUUUGGCUGAAAGUCGUGAUGGGGUAUUACAAAAAAUAUAUACUUUUUACUGUUCUAAUUGCGUUGGUAACCAGUUUGUAGAAAUAAAGCGCCUCAGGGGUUUGUGGUAUGUCGCCAAUAUACCCACACUAAGGGCUUUACACAGGCAGUCCGAGUUGCGUCAUACGUGGAACUGCCCUUAGCUGUUGUGUAUUAGACUUAAACCACACCCUGUGUGCCAUAUUGAUUAACGUAACGCUUUGCUAGUUGCCUUAUGCUUUCUGUUUGGUCUGUAUUUGUGGUCUCGGUGUCGGGAACUCUAGUCUAGCAGUGCCACGACUUACUGUAUGCUGGUGUAUGGCAGAAAUGUAACUUUAGUCGGAAGCACUUGGCAAUUAAUCCUUUUCUUAAAAAUAAAUCUUAUAUUGAGGCAUAUAAGAGACUAAUCUGUCGUGUCUGGCCUUGAGCAACAGAGUUAACCAUAGUUGGAAGUGGAGUUUGAUAGGCCAGUGGUUAUGAAUCUGAAGCAUCAGGUCAUUUCCCACCCCCAUUGGGGGGGGGGAGCCCAGUGAACAGGCAAUGGAAGGCUAUGAAAUGAGAUGGAAACUCGUGGGCAUUCUGUCAAUUUUGUUAUCAAUGAUACGUGAUCUCAAUAGUUUUAACAAAACUAAAAUGUAUACAGAAUGAACUAGAAUGCAGAAAGAUAAUUGUGAAAUGGGACAGAUGUGCACCAAUGAAAUUUUUGUAUUUUAAUAUGUAGAUGUGUAUCUCUGCAUGUAUUUUCAAGCUUUUACUAACUAGGCUUGACUUGGAAGUCUACAAAAGCAGAUGAAGGGAAACUUUAAACUGGAACCUAAAACAGCAACAUUGCCGAUGAAUAGUCUAUUUACUGGCUGACUAGCCAACUACUGGGCCAGAGUCCCUGCAUCAUGAACACACAAAGACCAGUUAAUAACUUAUUGUUUCUGUAGGAUGGGCGUAUGGGUGUUGUAUGUUCAUACCAUUUAGGACAACCUGUUUCACUAUUUAUUUUAAAGAAUUUAAUUUGAUGUUUUCACUAUGUAAAUAACAACGGCUACUCAAAACUGCCUUAGGUUUUCAAAGCAUGUCUCAUUUACUUUCUAUAUUCUUGUCAAAUUAACUAUUACUUCGACAACACAAAGUAUGUAUUUUACUCUAUUGGCAUUUUGUCCCUGGUGGAUGUCUAUUCGCAAUUUCCUAUUAAAAGAUCAGAUAUAUUUACA